AUAUGUGUAGUUAGUUAAAAUAAAUUGUACAGUAGUAAGAUUUGUUACAGUAAUUUCAGUGUCCGAUUAACUUUCCUGAAAUAUAUGCAAUGACCAUAGUUUCCUACCACAAACGUUGCCACGCACAACAUCCUCAUCCAUCUUCAGAGUCAGAAUUGCACACUUAAGAUGACACCUGUCUAAGCAAACUUAGGAGAACCAUGAAAAAAUAACUGCCACAAAUUUAUUUUUUUUGUUUUUGAAUAAUAAUAACUUUCACCAUGCAACUACUAUAUGUGAAGUGUAUAGUUAUAUCACUAAUGUCACACUCAACCUACCUUGCUACUUUCUAUAAUCUGCUGACUUAUUCUUCACCACCUUUGUUGUGUUGUGCUGUGUUAGCCAACAUUAUUAAUUCAGUACUGAAUCUUCAUUUUAUUUUGUUGAUUCCUUUCUCAUUAAUGGAAUUUGUCUUUCUUGAUCUUGGAUGAUUUUGCUGUACCAGCAACGUUUAAUUGGGGGUGGGGGGAUUCUACAUUCUUGGUUUUGGUAAGAUCGUUAAACCUCUUUUUUUUUUCUUCAAAUCUUAUAUAUCUUGUAUGAUUUGGAGACAAACAUAUAAUGAGAAGGGUAGUGUACUAUGAAGCACAGACACGGACACGAUACUGACAAUGACAUGUAGACACGGAUAAAAUUUAAGAAAAUGACAUAAUUCAAUGUAUCAUAAGUGUCGUGUUGGUGUCAGACACCGAGGUGUGUUUUGACAAUGGGACACACUUAAUCCGAGGAGUGUUUGUGUUUCAUAGGUAGUGUGUAUCAUUGAUGCACUUAUAUGAUAAGCCCUCAUUGUCAUUGUUGAAAUGUUCUGAAUACAUGUGUAGCUUAUUUUUGUUUGUGUUUAAUAACUAUGAAUUGAAACAUUGAUAGUAUAACAAAGUUUAUGAUUAUAUCAUGGUGUAAGUGCAUAGUGGUUAAACUCAUUAUGUUUACAUUUAAUUUCAAAUGAAAAAGGGUGUUAUUCUUAUUUGUGUCAUGAUGCUUUGAUUUCGUUGGUUGCUUUACUUGAAAUGGCUAAGGAUAAGGAGCAAAGCUGUUCACAUAACAAAAGUUGUACCAUUCCGCCCCGUUCUAUUCCAUUCCAGGUAGCUGUGUUAAGAGUUUUGUUUAGUUAUAGCAUGAAUAAUAUCAGUGAUAUUUAUUAUAGGAGCAUUUAUGGAAGCUCUAUGUGAGUUUUGUCGGGUUGUAAGAGCUAUGGUUUACUGCAAGCCAGAUUCUGCUCGUCUUUGCUUCCAUUGCGAUGGGAUUGUACACUCUGCAAAUUCUUUGUCUCGCAGGCAUCCCCGCUCACUCCUCUGUGAUAAGUGUCAUUUCGACUCAGCAAUCGUGCGCUGCGUCGAAAAUAAACUAUCUCUUUGUCAAGUUUGUGAUUGGAAUACUAAUGACUGUUUUGUAUUGGGACAUAAACAUGUGCUACUCACUUUCUAUACUGGUUGUCCCUCUUUGGCAGAGUUAACUAAAAUUUGGCCACAUUUGGUUGAUGCAAAUUCAUCAAAUGCUUCUUGGGAAUCGCCAAGUACUAGUACUUUGCCUAAAAUUGAAAGCAACACCGGUUGUGAUCAGCAUUUGGAGCAGCAACCUGAAAAGAUUGGCUUCGUUGGUUUAGCGAACGAGAAGCUGGAUGAAGAACAACCGUGUGUCAAAUAUGAACCUUGGAUUGAGAAAUCUCCUAUCCUUCAAUCAAAUUCAAACUGCACACAAUACUGCAAAGAUCAAGCAUUUUCAUUUAAUCAAGACUCAAACCAACCAAAGCUUCAAGGAUGCCUUGAUGUCAAGGAUCUUGUAAUUCAUGAGGGGACUAGUCUCUGUGAAGGUCUCAAUGUGGAUGAUGUUCAAUUAAACUUUGAAAAUGCUGAUGAAAUAUUUGACUGCUCUCAAAGUGCCACAAAAUUCAACCAUGAAGAUGGAGGAAUAGAAUGUCUAUUAAUGGAUAAAAACAUUCCAGUCACAAAAUGUAGCAGUCUCAUUGGGACUGCAGUAGAGGCUUCUUCAUCAGUUCAACAAGAUUGUGUGAUUUUUCCAUCAUCAGGGGCUGGUGGAUCAACAAGUGCGAUGCAGGCCAUCAACAAUAAUGCAAAUUGUGCACUUAUGACUCCUAGCUGCAACAGAAGCAUGCCUCUAGGAUUUCCUCAGAGUCAAAUUCAUUCAGGCAUACCAAUUCAAUUACCUAACAUUAAUGGUGAAAGCAAUGUUACAGAACUUCUAGAUUGUAGUUUACCUCCAGUCUUUCAUCCUGGUGAAUCCACAUGGGAAUCAAAUUUGGAGGGUACAUGCCCUCAAGCAAGGGAUAAAGCCAAAAUGAGAUACCAAGAGAAAAAGAAAACCCGAACGUUUGGUAAGCAAAUAAGAUAUGCGUCUCGCAAAGCUAGGGCUGAUACAAGAAAACGUGUGAAAGGUAGAUUUGUUAAAGCAGGCGAAGCAUAUGAUUAUGAUCCUAAAUUGAGUGACAUCUAAACAUUAUCAACAGUCACAAAAUUUUCCUUGCAAGAUAUGAUUUUGAUGACCUAUAUACUCUUUCCUACUUGCAGAGAAGAUGGGAGUCAACGACGAUCCUCCCUGGACUUUAACAGGUUAGAAUGUGUGACUCUCUGAGCUAAUGAGGAAGAAAAAGGUGAACUGGUGUUUGAUAAAGCAACUAUAGUCGACUCCUUUUCUGCUUUUAGUUUGGCCAUUCCUCAGGAAAGAUAAACCUUAGACCUUAAAAAACAAUACCUUCUCAUUAUCUUAAGAUAUUGUCCAAGAACAGAGAACCUUACAUUGGAUUAGUGAGCAAUGUCAACUGUGGAUUGAGAUACUGUUGUUCUUGAGUUACUCGCUCGAAGGUGUCACUUUCCCCCUGCAGCAACUGUAUGCAUUUUUUGACAACCUUUUAUACUGCCUCAAUUAUUUCAUUUAUUAUUAGAAAUAGUUUAUUCGUAAUCGUACAAACAUUUCUUAAAUUUUAAAUUUUAGUUACUAUGCAUUUAUACUUCAUCAAUUAUUUCAUUUAUUUGAUUGCUCCACUUUACUCAUAAUUGUAUAAACAUUGUUUCAUUUCC